AUGACCGACGUUGUGGUUCAUUCAGCUCCAGGCCCUAGCUCAAAAAGUGUGCUUAAGCCAGAAACAAUUUCUCAGCAGCCAGUAUGCUCAUAUGAAGUUGUUCAAACACUCGGGGAAGGCGCUUUUGGCGAAGUUCUACUAAUCACUGACCGUACCAAUCCAAAUUGUGCACUUGCGAUGAAGAAAAUGUCCGUUAGUGAUGGAGAUCAAGACAAAAUCAAGCAAAUUAGAAAGGAAGGUCUUCUUCAAAAAAUGUUGUCUAGAGUUGGGCAUGAUAAUGUGAUUCGAUUGAUUGGAAUAAAGUGCGAGUCUGAUUAUUACUAUUUGUUCCUUGAGUAUGCAGAUUGCGGAGAGUUGUUUGAUAAAAUCGAACCCGAUGUUGGUAUGACUCCGGCGAGAGCUCAAUUCUAUUUCCGCCAACUAAUUUCCGGGCUCAAGUACAUUCACAGCUAUGGAAUUGUUCACCGCGACAUCAAACCAGAAAAUUUGCUUCUGACCUCAUCACAGGUGCUAAAAAUCUCCGACUUUGGUAUGGCAACCGUAUUUCGUCACAAUGGUGUUGAAAGGGACCUUGACAUGAGUUGCGGAACAUUGCCAUAUGCGGCACCCGAAAUAUUGUUUGGGAGAAAAUACAAAGGAGAGCCUGUAGAUGUAUGGUCCGCGGGAGUUGUGCUCAUUACAAUGCUUACCGGUGAACUACCAUGGGAAAAGGCUGACGAUUCAUCUGCACCAUAUUUAAAUUGGAUUUCAAACACGAAUCUUGAUGAAAAUCCAUGGAGAAAGAUUGAUGUCCGAGGAUUAUCAUUGAUACGAAUCAUAGUGACGAACAAUGUGGCAAAUCGCGCAACACUUGAUCGGAUUCAAAGACAUCCCUGGUUUACGCACAACUAUGGAGUUUCAGAAUAUAAUGAGAAUCCCGCCAAACGAAGAAAAAUCGAGAAAUUCGACAAUAUACCGAACACCCAAGUGCAGACUGUUUCCGUAGCUAAUAAUUGUAUGGACGAAAAUAAUUCGUCAAAUCGUGCACAUUGUGAGAAAGAGGCUCUAUCAAAAAAAGUUUCAUCGUUCUCACAGCCUGCUAAUAUGGACGAUCUGAUUUUGUCUCAACGUAUUGAUAUGUCGCAGGGAUCAUCGAACCCUCUAAAGCGUAUGGUUUGUCGCAUGACGCGCUUCUGUGUGAAUGUUGAUGCGGCUAGCGCGAUUGCGCGCGUUAGCACCGAAUGCGAAUGUGCCGAUUUCUCGGUUCUUCAAACCACCGCGGCUCAGCUACUUGUUUCGACUCCGCGUGCAACGAUGAUGGUCAAUGUUUAUACAAUGAUUGCUAAUCCAAAAAUAAAGCCUGCGGUUAUGAUAGACUUCAGAAGGUCUCGUGGCGAUGGAAUUGAGUUUAAGCGUAUGUUCAUCGAAGUUCGCAAUCGGAUGCAGAACUUGAUUUGCUCUAUUGGAAAUGAUUGGCUGGAGAAUUUGGGUCUUACACCACCCUCGCAGGAGAGGGAUGAGAACGCUUCUUCACAAGGUGUGAUGAGAAUGGAAAGCGAUGCCAACUAA